AUGCACAAGGCCCUCGUCAAGAACGCAAAGUAUAUCCACAUUAUCCGUGUCCGGUCUAUCUCCUGUCUAGAACCGUUUAUUUGCGUCCCGGGAAUCUUCAUGGAGAACUUGCACACGCUCGAGUUCCCCUGGACGAAGGUUCCGUUGAUUGUUAGUCGGGGGUUGGCGUUGCCGGGGCAGAGGGAGGGGUUAUGGUCGCUUUUUAAGUUGGAAGGGUCGAGUGAGGAUGUGGAGAGGGAGUCAGAGAGGAGGAUACUAGAGGAGGAUAGGAUGGCCAGGGAUGCGGAGCGGAUGGCGAAGCAGAUUGCAUCUGAGGAUAACAUUGACGCUAUUGCGUCAAAUUCGACGAUGGUAUCGGGAUCGGUGACUCAGGACUGGAUCCGCUACAGAGCUAUGUAUCCGAUGCGACGAGAACAGAUCAUGCACGAUCUCGUCUCGAAGCGGGCCUACAAGGCCUACGAACAGGAUUUGCGUCGUUACACCCAAAACAGAGAGCACCAGCACCAGCAAGAGACAGCAGCACAACCAGGAAUUACUGUUAACGAGAGAGAGGAGGAAGACGAGGAGAAGGCGAUGAACACAGAACAGAAACGGAGGCUGUCGAGAAUUAAACUCCAAGAGGUCGUUGGAGAGAUUGUGGCUUUCAACAAAGAAUACCCUCGCCUUCCCGUCCACAAUCACGACGAACAGGCCCUCAGCGUGGUGCAAUUGCUACGAAAGGAUCUUCAAGAAAAGUUCAUGACGCGACACUUGCAGUUGGAAGUCGACGAGAGAGCAGCAUCAGCAACACUAAAGAAGGGGAGUCAAGCAGAACUCGACCAGUUCAGCGAGAACGUGCCGAUUUUAGUGAUGCUUGCAGACUUUUUCCAGCGCUACCCUGCCGUCCGCACCUUUAGGGACUACGGCAACCAUAUCGAAAGCGAGCGCCUGUGGGGACAGAACAUGAUCGAUGGCUUUCUCCCGUCCCAUGUGUGCUCGAUGCGACAUCUCUCCUGGUCGACUACCCAUGGAGCCACAGCCAAUUACAAGUACCGUUGGCAACUCGAGGGGUUCUUGCAGGCGUCCUAUCUGAAUCUCGAGUCCUUGCGCCUUUCCCUCCUCUAUCCGUCAGGAAUGGACCUGACGGUGUCACAACACGCAAUCCCCCACCGCAGGGAUCACCCGAGUUAUCUCCUUCUCGACGAAGAAAAGGCGGUCGUCGCCACCAUCGACGAUAGGAUAAAGUUGAUGCAGCGAGCAAAGCCCAUCAAGUUUCUCACACAGCUGUUUAUUGAGGACCCCAUGUGCCCGGGUACCCUCACCUGGAGCAAGGACUAUAUCAUCCCGCUUUGGGUUCCCUUCCUCCAGAGAUGCCCUAACCUGCGCUCUUUGGCCCUUGGAUCCUGCCCACCCCCGAUCUGGUUCGAGAUUGCCCGUAUCCUCCAAGCCCAUUGCCCUCAUGUAGAAGACCUGGCAAUCGCGUACGGCCGUCAACUCAACAUCCGACACCUCGACAAGUGUGACGCAGCCCUGUCGGCUCUGUUCUUUGCUUGCUCACACCCGCACAUAGACGACUCUUUCGGUCAGGACGACGAGACCAUAUCCGAAGAACCGAUCGAACCCGCAAUGGGGCUCAAGCGCCUUCGCCUCGACGCCCUUGUCCUCCCCCUCAAGAGCCACGCCCUCCGCAUGCUCCUCGACUACCACUCUGGAUCAUUGACAGAUCUGGGUAUUAUGGAUUGUAAAAACCUGCAGAAGGGCUUUAACCGAAGCACGCUACUCAAGAUCCUUAGAUCCUUUAAGCAGUUGGAGCAGGUGCAUUUGUUGCCGUCUGGGGAGGUGGAGUAUGUGGAGGGGGAUCAUGUCUUUGACGCCCAGGUCUUGAUCGACUCUAUCAGGGCUCCGACACAGUACACCAUUGCAACAUCGACAUGGGCUUGUGCAACGUCGCUCAAGGUUCUUCGGAUCAUGAUCGGAGGUCUUGCAAGCAACAACAACAACAACAACAACAACAACAACAACACUGCCAUGGACACAACAGCAGACGGAGACUUUGACCUCCAACGACAAAUCUACCGCUUCCUCGGAUCGCUCAAAAACCUAGAAGAACUAUGCCUCGGCUUCGGACCCGAAGAAGACUCGAUCUUCACCCUCCCCCAGGAUCAAGGACGCCAAAAGGAAUGCCUCGACUUUUCGUUAGAUACAGGUCUCGAGUUGUUGGAAGGGUUGAAGUCUCUGCGGGUGCUGAAUGUCGCUAGGAUGAACCACCAGAUCCGCCUGCCAGAGGUCCAAUGGAUGUGUCGAACCUGGCCACAGUUGCAGAUGAUUGAAGGACUGCUGAAGGUCAAGAGCUUGGAGCGAUGGCAGGCAGUUGUAGAAGCUGAUGUAGAUGGUGUUGAUGAUGUUGCGGUUGCUGUUGAGUGGGGUGAGUCGCUGUCUGAGGAUAGGAGACUCGAGGAAGAUUUGAUCGUUUGUUGGUUACAGACCCAUCGACCUCAAUUGCGAUUCACAUAA